AUGGCGCGAGAAGCGCAGUGCCGUCCAGAAGAAGAAUGGAGAGUUGACGAUGAAAUACCGACAGAAAGAUCAGAAAGCAGGGUGGUGCAACUGACGCCGUCCAGCGAGGCCGUUGCCCUUGUAAACCCCGCUCGUGCGGAUGAAUGUGCGGAUCGAGAUAUGGCUCGGGAUGACACAGAAAUUGACGCGGCCCCCAGUGACGGCUACGUUUGUCCCAGCUGCCCAUUUCCAUGGUACGCCCUGCGCUAUCCUGGGGAGGUGUCGAGACAGCACCGCCGAGGGCGGAGGCUCUUCGACCCAUCAAGUGGUCAGCCCAAAUUCGCAGACAAGGUGUUGAAAG